AGUCAAAUUUACCUGAGGAAGAACAGCGGAAUGGCUGCGUUGUCGGAGGCGACGUGCAAAGAGUUGGAGGAUCUUUUUGAGAACCUGAAGAAGACGUCGCAGAAGCCGGAGGUGCUGAAACAUGAUGCGGGCGACAAGACGCAGCAGAAUCUGUUGCAAGAGAUGUUUGUUAGUCUGCAGACGCGCCUGGACGAGAUCUUCGCAACGGUGAAGGAGACGGAGGGACAGACAAAGGUGCUGGCCAUGAAGUCAUCACUGUUCUACGAGAACGCAAAAAUUAAGCUCACGGUAGACGAUUUCGCCGCAAGCAAAGAGAACUUAGACAAGGCACUUGAAAUCAUCAAGGACUACAUCACUGAUCCAUUCAUGGUGUAUCUGCAUUUGCGUAUCAUCAACCAUCUGGCAUUUACUUUGUCCAAGUUGGGAGAUUACGAAAAGGCCAAAGAGCUUUUGGAAGAAAUAACAACGUUGGAAGCAAAACCGGAUGUAAUCAUCUAUAGCACCGAAGAACUAUUUGCUGUGGGACCUCUGAAAAAUAGCGAGGCUAAAGUUAAAAUGCACAGCAUUAACAUGAAUAAUUUACAAAUGCUCAGUUGGAUUUAUAGCAAGAUGGGACUGGAAAAGGAGUCCGCAUAUGUGCAGCAUCGCAUCCUCGAAUUGGAACUGGAUUAUGAGGAGUGCGAUCCGGUGGAUUGGGCAAUGCGAUGUACCCGUGUCGCUUCCUUGUACUUAGUUAAAAUGCUAUUCGUUCCCGCUAGGUAUUACUUAUCAGCGGCUGGAUCGGCUUUGGAUCGCGUCGAAGCAGCGCUCAUUGAUCAUCCGGAAUUGGGGAAGGCGCAAGCGGAAUUGGCAAGAGGUUGGAUCUACUAUGGUCUAAGAUUGUUCGAUACCAGCAAAUCCCGAGACAUCACGAAACUAUGCAACAAGAUCUUCGACGACGUUCCAACAACUUCUUCUACCGAAGAGGUAGCCCACGAGGUCAAGUUGGAUGACGAGGAAGACGCGCUGGAUGAUAAUCUGAAAUUUCCGAAUUCCGAAGUAAAGAUAGCGAAGGUUCCUGCAAAGUUCGUCAACAAUACUGUGGAAGCUCACAUCUUGUUCCAACACACGCAGAUGUGGCUGAAGAGAGCCAGGGUCUACUACACCCUUAGAGAUUACCCUUUUAUUUACGUGAAUUGCGUGCUGGAUCUGAGCGAGUUGUACAGGUUUUUGGCGUUCUACGAGCCGGAUUUGGAUUCGCAAUAUAACGUGCAGAAGCGUAGAGCUGAUGCUCUCGAAACUCUCAGCACAAUUUUGAAAGAGGUGAGGCCGCAGUGCUACAUCGCUGUCAGCGUCGAGUUGCUCAGAGAGUUGGCCGAGGUGCAGAUCGAGCUGAUGGGAAUCAAUUUGAAGAGGAUGUACAAAAUGCACGAUGUUAGCGAGAACCAGGAGUCUCUAAGGCGUCGCAUGGAGGGCGUUUACGAUAUUCAGAGCAAGUUGGAGAAGAUUGGCAAUAUGUUUGGGCAUGGAAAUUUGGAGGAGACGGAAAUGGGCGCUGCGGGAGCGUCGGAGGUGAGCGAGGUGGGAAAGAACGGCGACGAGCCUGGCAAUCAAGUAGACGCGUGUUAGGAUUAU